CGGGUGACUUGACAGAGCUUUGUGUAAAGAGAAGGGCGAUGCUCGGUGCUGGUUCAGUCCGUGUUGGAGUGAGAGUCCGUUGGUUCCGAUGAGCCCGCUGCGCCGGAGCUUCGGGUCUUUGUUAAACAGGGCUGCUGUCCCACAUGCGCUCCUCACACGCGUGAAGAACCUCCCCACUCUCCUCGCGGAGGGAGCAUUUUAACGGCGUGAACGAGAGUCCGUGGGGAAGAUGUUGUUGAAGGAGUACAGGAUCUGCAUGCCGCUCACCGUGGAGGAGUACCGGAUUGGACAGCUCUACAUGAUCAGCAAACACAGCCAUGAGCAGAGUGACCGAGGGGAAGGAGUGGAGGUGGUCCAGAAUGAACCGUAUGAUGACCCAACACACGGUCAAGGACAGUUCACAGAGAAACGAGUCUACCUCAACAGUAAAUUACCCAGCUGGGCACGUGCAGUGGUUCCUAAAAUCUUCUAUGUGACAGAAAAGGCGUGGAACUAUUAUCCUUAUACCAUAACAGAAUAUACUUGUUCAUUCCUACCGAAGUUCUCCAUCCACAUAGAGACAAAAUACGAGGAUAACAAGGGAUGCAACGACAAUAUUUUUGACAGUGAGCUGAAGGAGCAGGAGAGGGAGGUGUGUUUCAUUGACAUCGCCUAUGAUGAGAUACCUGAACGGUACUACAAAGAGUCUGAGGAUUUGCGGUAUUUCAAGUCUGAGAAGACGUCACGUGGGAUGCUUCAGGAGGGUUGGAGGGAUAUCCAAGAUCCCAUCAUGUGCUCUUACAAACUGGUCACUGUCAAAUUUGAGGUGUGGGGUCUACAGACACGUGUGGAGCAGUUUGUGCACAAGGUAGUUCGAGAUGUGCUGUUACUGGGACACAAGCAGGCCUUUGCCUGGGUGGAUGAGUGGAUCGACAUGACAAUGGAUGAGGUGAGAGAGUUUGAGCGCGCCAUCCAAGAAGCCACCAACCAGAAGAUUGGGAUGUUUCCUCCAUCUAUCUCCAUCAGCGAGACUCCCCUGUCCUCUUGUGCUCUCACAGGCCCAGCCAGUGCUCCCUCAACCCCCAUGUGCACUGACGCCCCUGACUCCUUAACCGUCCCUAAGGACCGACCUCGUAAAAAGUCUGCUCCAGAAACCCUGACUUUACCUCAGCCUGUCCCAAGUGGCAUUCCCCAGGGCUCUAACCUGAGCCCAUCACAAGUUUCAAACCAUGUUCAAGCAUCCACGCCACCCUCGCCCAACUCUGAUCACAAUGAGAUGGGAGAGUAGUAGGGAGACUUUGGGUUUUCUUCUUCUUCCCCUUAAUUUACUUGAGCCUUCAACCUUGUUGUCUUAGUAGCCCAACAGAACACACCAGUGCCCAGUCUUUCAAGUUCUUUAGCCAUAUCACACAAUUUGAUGUCCAGGAUGCAGACCCUUUUGAAUGUCAGGAAUCAUUCUCAGUCUUAUUCAGCACCAUCUGUACCAAUCAGGCAGCUUUAGGCUGAGUCACCUUUAUGUGGUCAACUUCUUGUCCUGUCAUGUCACAUCUAUUAUAGCAAUCACUCUUAAACUAUAAUCAAAUCAACAAGCAUCCAACAUUUUUUUAUAAAGCAGAAGUUAACAAUAUUAUUUGAAUGAGCUAUUGUCAUUGAUUCCUCAGUUGUGUUUCAGUCACAUCGCAGGAUUGCUUUUCAAACUAUUGAACUAUGAAUUAGAUGCCUUACCACAUUAGAACCAGUUGUGUUUGUCAGGUUUAACAAUGUGCACAAAUGCGUGACUUUUAUAAAAAUGGCCAUAUAAGGUUUAUGUUUUUAAUUGGAAAUCAAUGGGAAAAAUGUCAACCAAUCUGCAGUAACACCGUAUUAAUAAUGUGUUUGAAACACACACUGGAAAGACAGUCACAUACCCUUAUUCCAAGACCACCCAGCAACUCUUUUCUUAGCCGUUGAACUGGAUCACAAAUCAGUUUUCAUCAUUCCCAUUAGUUCCAUUCCAAAUUUCUAUCAUACAAACAUGCAAGAGCAGUACAAUCAGAAAGAGUCUACAGCUCAGGUCUCCCCUACUCCACCUGGUCUGCACUUUGGAAAGUUGGGGAGUUAUUGUACUUUUCUGUCCCUACUUAUUGCCAAACAGUCAGAUAUCUGUUCCAACACAGCAACUAUCAUUCUGCUUGAAACUUAGAAUGUUUACACAUCACAAAAUGUGGAAUAUUUGAAUAUUAACAACACAUAUUAUACCUGAGUGGGUUUUAACUUUAAAAAAGUGAUUUUGUUUAUUAGGACAUUUCAACCCAGUGGUGAGCCCGAAGGCUACUUGAAAUUACUGCUGGACAUCUUAUACAGCAUAAAUGCAAUCCAGUUUAACAAAUAAUAAAUUCAAAAAAUCAGUUCAUGUCAAAUGUAGGAGCAAUGCCAUUGUGGGGAGAACAUCCACAAUACACAUAACAAAAAUAUAGCUUGAUUUAGAGAGAUGGGCACUUCCAUUAAGAUGACUUGAAUAAUUUCUUUAACAUUCACAUUUGUAAUACUGCUGUUAUUUUUGCUCAACCAAUACUUUCUUGUGAGCAGGAAAUGUUUUGAAAAAAGACCCUUCUUUAAUUAUGCUAGUUUUCUGCUGCCAGUUUACAUCAGAACUAUAGGACCAGUUUAGUUUAAAAGUCCUCUAAUUUAUGCACACUGUAGUAUUUAAAACAAAAUAAACAUAUGCUGCAUGAAAUGUCCAAUUCGUGUAUGCAUAUUAUGUGAAGUAUAUACUUUUUUGCAUACACUGUGAAUGGAUAGAUAGGUGCAUUUAAUGAUGUAACUGUAUGACAAAAAAAGUGAAUGCCCUCUGCAGCAGCUCUGUAUAUUAAACAUCAAAGUUUUGAAUGAAAUGUACGCAUGCCGAGAUAGUCUAGGAUAACAAACUCCUUCAACUCAGUGCCUCUGCAUGAACCAAUUGUAUUAUCACUUACCUGUAUGUAUGCCAAACUCUCUUUAUACAGUAUUUGAUCUAUCGUCAUUUGACGAUAAUCUCAGUUGACUGUUUGCAGAUUCAUGAUUCCCAUGGCAGGCAAGCAGUCCAUGCUUAGCAUCUGUGCAGCACUUCCUUCAACAGAACAGUAAUGCAUUAACACUGACCCAUUAAUGAUAUUAAUUGGAGGCAAGUCAUUGGUGACCAGUCUUGGUUAUAAAUGAAUAAGCUGAAAUUUACAUAGUGAAACCAAAUUGAUUGUAAUUAAAAAAAUAAACCUACAGAGGGGUUGAAAUCAUGGCAUUAACAUCAUAACUUAGAUACAGUGUUUGUGGCACUACUCAAUGUCCAUUAAGUGGAGUGCUGGCUGUUGGUGGAUGUUGGCCUGUUUUGGUUGAAAUAGUCACUCUGAUGGAACCCAGAUUGUUAGGCAACAUAUUUAAUUAUUUGAAACAGAUUAUUUUUGCUAAUUAUUUUCCCUUAAAUUGUAACAUAGUUGUGCUAUCUGAAUUACACAAGUAAACGAGAAGAAAAUAGUCAACUAGUCAUGUACUAUGUCGUUGUAGCUAACUAUUGUGACUAGGUGUCCCAAAUGUAGUUUAAACCAUAUGGCAUGGCGCGACCAACUCCACUUUGCAAUUUACACUGUGCAUAAUUUGAGUGCAGUGUAAAGCGAAGGGUGUAAAAGGGUUAAUUCAUCAUGCUGUGUCUUGGUCACAAUGGGAAUUACACAAAUCAGUUAUCUGUCGUCCGUUUUAAGAGACGUGCUUUAAACUAGCACAUUUGUGUUUCCAUGACACUCUAAGUGACAGGACUGAGAGGAUUUCUGGUGCAAUAAAGUAUUUCAUGCAAAAAGAUAAUUUGUGGGAGCGACAGUCAUACAGUCAUUCACCAAAGCUCCCCAAGGAGAAGCAGUUAAACACUU